UGACAUCACCUCGUCCACACCCCUCUCCUGUCUGUCAGCUCCCUCUCUCUUCUCUCUCUCCUCUCUCUCACAUUGGGAGGACCAGGCUGGUUUGUGGCUGCAGGGAGCUCCAGGCAGUAUGCACAAGGUAUGUGAAAGUCCAGCCCAGACACCAGCAUAGCCUGCAGCUUGCCUUCCCCAGGGAGACGUGGGUUUCUUUAUGUAGUAGAAACUUCCCUCAGCACAUCUCUCAUUGCCUUGCCUAGAAAUCCGUUCUGUGCUUUGGGGGUUCGGAGCAGAAUCGCAUGCAUGACAUACCGCAAAGGGGAGAAAAUGACCAUAAGCAUCCAGGAGCAUAUGGCUAUUGACGUGUGCCCAGGUCCCAUCAAACCCAUCAAGCAGAUCUCCGACUACUUCCCCCGAUUCCCCCGCGGGAUCCCCGCCGCUGUCACCCGGAGUAACUCCCUCAAGUCUAACGUGAGCCAGCCAUCUGUCAGCCCAUCGGAAAGUUCCCGGGAGGAAGAGGAGGAUGUGGACAAAUUGUUCGGGGCUUAUGGAGCUACUUCUACCGGCACUACAAGUCCCAGCAUAGCACCCAAGCACGAGGAAGAGGUGGACCUGGACGGCUAUGACUCCGAUGACUGCACGACUCUAGGGACACUGGAUUUUAGCUUGCUCUACGAUCAUGAAAACAAUGCUCUGCACUGCACAAUCAAUAAAGCAAAGGGCCUGAAGCCAAUGGAUCACAAUGGACUGUCAGACCCAUAUGUAAAAUUACAUUUACUUCCUGGUGCUAGUAAGGCAAACAAAUUACGAACAAAAACCUUGAGGAAUACGCUUAACCCCACAUGGAAUGAAACGCUAACAUAUUACGGUAUCACAGAUGAAGACAUGAUUCGUAAGACUCUCAGAAUUUCAGUAUGUGAUGAGGAUAAAUUCCGACACAAUGAGUUCAUUGGUGAAACAAGAAUCCCUCUGAAAAAACUGAAGCCCAACCAAACCAAAAAUUUUAGCAUCUGUCUAGAAAAACAACUGCCUAUAGAUAAAACAGAAGAUAAAUCACUGGAGGAACGUGGGAGAAUUCUUAUAUCCUUAAAAUACAGCUCACAAAAAUCAGGGCUCUUAGUGGGCAUCAUGAGAUGUGCACAUCUAGCAGCUAUGGAUGCAAAUGGGUAUUCCGACCCUUAUGUAAAAACAUACUUGAAACCAGAUGAAGACAAGAAAUCAAAACAUAAAACUGCUGUGAAGAAGAAAACUCUAAAUCCAGAGUUUAACGAGGAAUUUUGUUAUGAAAUAAAACACAGCGACCUUGCAAAAAAGACUUUAGAAGUCACAGUCUGGGAUUAUGAUAUUGGAAAAUCAAAUGACUUUAUAGGUGGAGUUGUAUUGGGAAUCAAUGCAAAAGGAGAACGUCUUAAACACUGGUUUGACUGCCUAAAAAACAAAGACAAGAAAAUUGAACGCUGGCACACGUUAACAAAUGAGCUACCAGGAGCCGUCCUCAGCGACUGACCUAAGCAUGCCUCUCUUCGUUGAGAUAGCACAGCUGGAAAGGAACAAGACACAAGCUAUGCCUUUGCCCUUGCCACAGUUUACCAUAACCAUAACCAAGAAGAAAGAUGAAUAGGGAUAAGAUGAUUACUUCAACCUGUCAGUUAAGCUGCAAUAGUGCCAAUCAGGGUAACUGUGGAGGUCAUAGAAAAUUCACUUACUGAAGGUAUGACAUUAGUAUAUGGAUUUUCUUCUCAUGCUGUUGUCUUGAAUACAAUCAAUUACUCAAGAAAUACAAUUUUGCUAACAGGCUGGAUUUAUGAUUGUAACAGAAAAUAUUUUUUUAAUGAUUGUGAGACAGUCAGGGAGUAAACUUAUUCAAGACAGUGGUGAAAUAAUCCACCAGCAUGAUCUCCAAAAGAAAAAAAAAUACAUUCUAGAGAAAUGUUACCCCGAUUGGCAUUGAUAUUUUGAUCAAUACAUAGCUAUAUUUAUUUUGUAUGCAGAUACCACUGGCAGCAUUUAUUGUAUGUUUUAACAUUCAUUAUCAUGAUGCACAUAUGUAUAUAUGUUUUGUGUUUACAAAACAUUUAGUUAAUUUACAACGUACUAAAAUCUUUCUCUUAUAUGUUGUGGUAUCACAUGUGCCAUUUUGUGCCAGCACAGAUGGCCUUGCAAAGCAAAAUGGUAGCAUUUUUAUAGGUGGACAGAGUUCAUGUUGACAUAGACAACUGCUGAUCCAUGAUCAAUUGAAGGCAGCACCAUGGGCGUAGCAUAAUGAUGUCGCCAUUUACAAUGCACAUACUGUAGUUAUCAUGCUGUACUUAUAUGGAUAGGCAGUCUGUUCAUAUGGUUUUAGAGAGGUUUUAUAUGAUACAUAAGUUUACUGUAAGCCUCCUCAAGCGCAGAUACCAUAUUAUGGUGCAAAAAGAAUGGUGGCUCAAAUAUGCAGCUCUGAAGCCCAGGAAUGGCUACAUUCUCCAAGCCCCUGGACAUUCAUUCUGCACACAUUAAAUCAAGAUAAUGCAGCACAUAAGAGUUGAUUUUUAAAGGCAAAUAGGCUAUUUACUCAGCAACGGAAUCGUUGACAGUGCUUAGCGAAUGUGGUGCAAUUUCACUUUGCAAAGAAUAUCCAAUUUUUGCACAUAAUUGGAUGGUGGAAGUCAGCAGAGCUUCACCUCAUUCACUAAGCUCUGGGAAAAAUUACCUCACAAAGUGCAAUUUUCCCUGCAAUGCGAACAGGCUAUUUGCCUCUAGUAAAUCAACUCUAGUGUCUGAAGAACCAGGUAAAUGGUAUGCCUGUUUCUUGUAUGCAUUACAAAAGAAGGCAUGAUGGUAAAAAUAGGACCCACUGCUUUGCAAUGUGCACCACGCAGUCCUUGAGCCAACUGUCUUUUUACCAGGUUUCGUUAUUGCUGGAUUGUUUAUUUUUUUAAGUUCAUGACAAAAUUAUUGAGACUCUUAAAGAAAUGCUUAAAAAGGCAAAACGUACAAACAAGUGCAAACCAUACAGCACAGUCUUGAAUAUAAAAAUAUAUAUUUUUGCUAAAACAGAUAAUGUGAUGUGUUUUUUAAUAAAGAGCAUUCCUAAGACAGAUUUGAAGAAAGAACUCCAGAAAGAAGUAUUUUUUAUCAAAACUGCUCCCUGCAGGAAAUCCCAUUGCAACUAUAGUGAAUGAACAACCUUUUCUCUGAAAACCCUUUCUGUUUUAGUGGGUCUACAUGACUUUAAUAGCCUCUGAUAUGCAGAACAGUCAAAUUUCAAAACUCCAACAUGUAUUUUUGAACCCUCCUCCUCUGCAUGUCUUUUUUUGGAGGUUCAAAGUCUUAUAUGAAAAUAGAUGAAACCUCACAUUCCCUACUUUCCUUGAGGUAUUAGGCACCAACUUAGCAAAUAUUUUAUUUUGUGCAUUUAGCAAGAAUAUGAUCUGUUGCACCCGACCAUAUACUAGGAUGCUGGAAUUUAUUAAUUCUCAAUCUUCCCACAGAAAAACCAUGACUCGUAAUCAGACAACUAAAAAGUUGGUGGUCAGGUAUGGCCUUCAAAAGGUUCUUUGUUUUUAGUUAGAGCAUUCCGAGUUUCAGCGUAAUGAUUUUUAAAUAUAAUUUUAACAAAAAAUAAACAUAUUUACAAAACUAAAAUAAGCAACAGUAAAAAAAAAAGGGGUUUAAAAAUGAAAAAUACUUAAGUGGAGUCUGACAGGUUUUGAUAGAGUGCAGAGUUUGGAUCACUGGAAGAUUACGUCCAAUCUGAUGUUGCAGAAGUCACUGAUAAUCUUGUCAAUAAUCUUUAGUACUUCAGAUUGUAAAAUGAGACCCACAGCUGCUAAGGCAACAGAGAUUUACUUGAUCCUGGGGUUGCUGUUACAAAACUAAAUCCAUACAUUUAAUUGGUCUGAGGGGUAUGUUGUAAGUGUGCUGGAGUGUUUUAUUCUGUCCAGUGGACACAUCCCUAAUGUCAAUUGGGCACAUCUAUAUUCCCAUAUGAAAGGUUUCACAAUUCACAAACAGAAUAUUAUUUAGCAGAAUGAAAUUAUGAUUUAGAUACCAAACAUGAUAUGUCUCUGAUGUAUGUUUCUCCUAGCAGGUCUUAUGUGUUUUACUAGCCUUUUGUACUUUGUAGUAUACUCAUGUUUGGUGUCUGAAUGGUAUGUUUUCCUACAAUAAUAUGACCCCUUUUUAGGAAUAUAAUUCCAUUACCAUAGUAGUUAUGGAAUAUGGAUAGAACUUAAAUUGAUGGAGUUUGGUAUUAACUCACUAUCCCAAGUCUCACAGAUAUGUAUUUGUUAAAGUGUAUUUUAACCUAUGCAGACAAAUUGGGUAACACCUACUUUAUUCUUGUUACAUGUUCUCAUUCACAUAGCAUAACAUGAACAAUACAAAUAACAAUUACUGCUUACCUUUAUACUUGUUCUCUUCCAAAAAUUCAAAAACUGGGAAAACCCUAUUUAGCAUUCCCUUUGUAAUGUUAGUUGGGGGGUGUUUACAAUGAUUAACUCUGUCUGACUAUAAUGGUGGAUUAUCAUAUCUGGCUUCAAUGGUGGAAAUACACUUUAAACUGCAUACAAGACUAUUUACUGGCCGUUUAUGAUAGGGCCUCAUCAGAUCUUUGAAGACCCUGGAUAGUAAAGAUUUAUAAAAUCUUUAUAUUUCACCUAACUUCCAUAGUCUUUCAAAUAUGUCUAAAGCCCCAUACACACGGUCUGACUUUUUGCCAACAAACUUCAAAAUGAGCACGUUUUCCAAAAAAAUCCAACUGUGUUUACGCUCAAUCGGACAAACUUUUUCAGUU